AUGAGUGGCACAGACAAGCGUGCUACGCAAGGCGGUGCGCCCCGCGGUGGCGCAUCCAAGACGGGCAAGCCUGGUAAGGCCCCGCGCGAUGCCAAUGACGGCGCCGUGAGCAUGCCGAAGCACGCUGCUCGCGCUGCGCAGGGCAUCAACUUUGGCACGGUCGACGAUAAGAAUGCCACGCUGUCCUCAUCACCGGCGGCCCAGCCGCAGGCGGGCGAGCACCUUCGUAGUGGCCACCCGCCUGUCUUUGGCAGCAUUGCUGCGGCUGACAAUGGAGCCACGCAGGAGAAGAAGGUGGGAUUCAACGGUAAGAAGCAGCUUGACUUCCAGAAGUUGUUCCAGGGCCAUGGAUCCAAGCCUCAAAACCAUGGUGAACAGACCAAUGCUGGCGCCAAUGCCAAUGCCAACGCCAACGCCAGCGCGCCACAGACCCCGUCCAUGACCUCGGCGCCGUCGAAGCCUAUGGUGCGCCCUCCGCCACCCAACCAUGGUAAGCAGAUGGGCGCUGGUACGCCCGGUCCGUAUAUGCAGCCAUGGCAGUCGCCGAUGUACCCGCAUGUGGGCUACCCGAUGAGUCCUGGCCCUGGCGGCUACCCCUUUAUUCCGCAGGCUCAGCAGCCAUGGACGCCUGGCACACCAGGCUCGCCGCAUAUCGGUGCUGUGUCGUCGCCUUCGAUGAUGCCGCCCAACAUGGCCUCGCCUCGCCCUGGCCGUGGCCCUAUGCAGGCCCGUCCUGGCGGCGCUACGUUCUACCCGCCUGCGUCGCCCUCGGGCUUUACUAUGAAUGCGGGUGCUCGUAUGUUUGAGCCGCAGAAGAGCAAGGCGCUUCGUAUUGUGAACCCUGAGACGCAUGCGGAGCUUGACCUCGAACAAGUGAAGAAGGCGGCGUCGACUGCAAGCACGCCUGCCGAGUCUGCCUCGGAUGCGAGUGCGGCGCCGAAAGAGACGGUUAGCAAGCCGAAGCCUACGCCGCCCGCCGAGGCUGCGUCGAAUGAGAGCCGCGUGAAGACGCAAGCUGACUUCCAGCAAAAAGUGCUCCGUCUAAAGAUGGAGAAGGAAGCGGAGGCGAAGCGUGCGGAAGAAGCGAAGAAGAAGGCCGAAGAAGAGGAGGCGAAGAAGAAGGCCGAUGAGGAAGCCGCUGCGAAGAAGGCCGAAGAAGAAGCGGCCGCCAAGCAGAAGGCGGAGGAAGAGGCGGCGGCGCAGAAGAAGGCCGACGAGGAGGCUGCGAAGAAGGCUGAGGAAGAAGCGGCGGCGCAGAAAAAGGCCGACGAGGAGGCUGCGAAGAAGGCUGAGGAAGAAGCCGCUGCGAAGAAGCAGGCGGACGAAGAGGCUGCAGCGAAGAAGAAAGCCGAGGAGGAAUCUGCAGCUGCGGCGAAGAAGGCCGACGACGAAGCGGCUGCCCAGAAGGCGGCGGACGACGAUGCUGCGAAUGAGAAUACCAAGGCCACUGAGGCCUCCUCGUCGUCGCUGCCUGCGAAUGCAGAAGGUGCGCAGAGCGAGACGCAGCCCGAGUCGGAGGCGGAGGCUUCGGAGCCCAACCGCGCGAUUGAGCAUGCUCACACUAUCGACAAUCUGGCCUCGAUUAGCUAUCCUGAGAACGUGCAGCCACCGCAAGCGGAUCUCAACGUGGAUGCGACGCCUGGUAAGUACCGCUACGAUCGCGAGUUCUUGCUGCAGUUCAUGAGUGUGUACUCGGAAAAGCCACACAAUCUGCCCGAGCUGGCUUCGAUCGGUAUGGAGAGUGUCUCUGGCCGUGGUGGCCGUCGUGGCGGUAUGGGCCGCGGCACAGGCCGUGGCGGCGCGAUGAAGACGAGCGAGGAGCGCUUUGCCUCGUCCAACCGGGGUGGCGGCUUUGGUGCUGGCUCGCGCGGCCAGUCCAUGUCACGUGGCGGUAGCAGUGGUCUGCUGCCGUCGCGCGAGACGAUGGGCACGGGCAUUCCCAUGGGUGGCCGCUCGAAGAGUGGUCGUGGCCGUCAGCGCGGUCCGCAUGUGAACCCACCGGAGAAGGGUGGCCCGACCAUCCCGCUGGACCAGGUGGUGCCGCUGGCCUACUCGGAGAACCGCUGGAAGCCACAGAGCCGCGAGAAGGAUGCGAUGGACGAGACGCAGGUGGUCGAGCGCAAGGUCAAGUCGCUGCUGAACAAGCUCACGGUCGAGAAGUUCGAGUCCAUUAGUGACCAGAUUGUCGAGUUUGCGAACAAGUCGAAGGACGAGACGGACGGCCACACGCUGCGCCAGGUGAUUGCUCUGGUCUUUGAGAAGGCCAUUGACGAGGCGGCGUGGAGUGAGAUGUAUGCACAGCUGUGUGCCAAGAUCCAGAUGAACCUUGAUCCGAACAUCAAGGACGAGGUGCUGGAUGAGAAGGAGCAGAAGGAGUACCGCGGCGGUAUGCUCUUCCGCAAAUACCUCUUGACGUGGUGCCAGGGCGACUUUGAGAAAGGAUGGGGCGCUGCGAAGGACGAAAAACCCGAGAAGGAAAUCGAGUUGCUUUCCGACGAGUACUACGCGAUGCAGAAGGCCAAGCGUCGCGGUCUUGGUCUCGUGCAGUUUGUCGGUGAGCUGUUCAAGCUGCAGAUGCUUCAGCCGCGUAUUAUGCAUACCUGUAUUGUGCGUCUCUUGCGCACGACCACCGAGCCGGAAGAAGACGAGAUUGAGAGCGUGUGCCGUCUGCUGACCACCGUCGGUUACUUGCUGGACAAUGCGCCUGGCAACCACAAGAGCCGCAUGGACGUAUACUUUAAGCGCAUUGAUGAUAUUUUGCAGAGCCCGGCGCUCUCGUCACGUAUGCGCUUCAUGUUGUUGGACGUGGUCGAUCUGCGGAACGAGAACUGGGUGCCGCGUCACGAUACCUCUGCGCCCAAGACCAUUGCGGAGAUCCAUGCGGAGGCCGCAAAGGAGCAGCAGCAGAAGGAGGCUGAAAAGUUCGGGUCCAUGUCGCGCGGCGGCUCACGCCGUGGCCAACAGCGUCAUCACACGAGCAGCAACAACGCAAGCCACGGCAACGAGGCGCCUUCGCACGACGGUUGGAGUACCGUCGGCAAUGCGCCUGCCCAGCGCGGUCGCUCUGGCGACUUGUCCGGCUUCGGCAAGGGGCUCGACCGCCAGGGCGGGAGCAAGCUGGGCGGCGGCCCGCAGAGCGUGUUUAGCCGCAAGAACCAAAAGGGCGACGAAGGCAGCCCCACGCCACGCAGUGGCUCCUCCAACAUGUUCAACCUGCUUACGGGUGAUGGCAGCAGUAGCGAAGAGCAUGGCCGUAAGAAGCUGCAGCUGCAGCCCCGGACCAAGCCACUGGACGACGAGGCUGCGCCAGCCGCGGCGCCAGCGUCGGAAGAGGCGUCUGGCUCCUCGCCGGCCGACUUGGAGCGCAAGAUCAGCAACGACGUCAAAGAGUUCUUGGCGAUCCGCGAUCUCAACGAGGGUGUGCAGUCCAUUGAAGCGCUCCCGGCGGACCACCGUGCGAAGUUUGUGGAUGCGCUGGUAGCCGCUGUGCUGGACAAGAAGCAGGACAGCGUCGACGAUGCAGGCCGUCUCCUUGCGGCGCUCGUAGAGAAGGGCGUGCUUGACGAAGCUGCGUUGGUCGACGGCUUCAAGCCCCAAGUCACGAUUCUCGACGAUACGAGCAUGGAUGCUCCAAGUGCAUACAGCUUCAUGGCACAGCUGCUCGUCGCCUCGACGCUCUCACGUGAGAAGAUCGAGUCGUUGGCGGAUGGCAUGGAAGGCGAAGGCCUUCGUCCGCCGAAGGACCGCUUGUUGGCCAAGGUGGAGGAGAGUAGCUCGUAG